UCUUCCCUUCAUCACUUCCCUUUCUUUCUAAAUUCCUUCCAUUUACAUAAAAAAAAACAAAGAAAACAGAGAUGGGUAUCUCAAAUUCCAAGAAAAGUAUCAUUUUUUUUCAAUUAAUUCUCCAAUUAACUCUGAUUCAUUCAGCCAUAACUCCACAAAGCAGCACAGAGUUCAUAAAAAGCUCUUGCAGUUCCACCACUUACCCUCGUCUCUGUUUUUCAUCUCUUUCAGUCCAUGCCAAUGCCAUCCAAACAAGUCCCCGCCUUUUGGCCACCGCCGCUCUCUCCGUUUCCCUCUCCUCCGUCAAGUCCACCACCACUCAAAUCCUCAAGCUUUCUCACUCCCAUGGCCUCUCCUCCAGAGAUGUCUCUGCUCUUAACGACUGUUUGGAAGAACUGAGUGACUCUGUCGACUCCCUCGCUGCUUCCAUUUCCGAGAUGCCGAAGCUCCGUGGCAGCAAUUUCGAUCUCGCAAUGAGUAAUGUUCAGACAUGGGUUAGCGCCGCUCUGACCGAUGAAACCACGUGUAGCGAAGGGUUUAAGGGGAAGACGGUGAAGGGAGGCGUUAAGGCUGCGGUUAGGAGUAGGAUUGUCAACAUUGCGCAAUUGACGAGUAAUGCUCUGUCUUUGAUUAAUCGGAUCGCUGAUUUGCAUUAGCUGUAUCUUGAAGUGCACCACCUGUCUCAAAAUAUGACGAUGGUAGGUGAAUUUGUGUGUACUAUAUUUUAUUGGUGUGUGAGAUUUGAAAGUUGCAAUUGUAAGUAUGAUAUUUAGGUUAGAGGGUGGAGUUUUUGUCAUAGUAUUAUUUUAUAAUUGGUAAUAUAUAGGUUUAAGUAGUGUUUACGUGUGGGGAUUGGAGUUACUUUUGCAUUAUUAAUUGCAAGGAGUAUGUAUGUAUUAUAUUUGGAUUUUGAUUUUAUUGAAGUUAAAUUAGGCUUUGUGUGGA